AUGGCACCACCACGCGUCCUGUGGAUCUAUCCAUCCCUUUCCCUCCUGUCCUCCCUGCUUCUUUUUCACGCGUUGUCGCCGUGCCGAGCCUUACGGAAUUACCCGGAGAAUGAAGUUACGUUGCUGGACUCCAUGUCAGCUUUGGCCGACCUGGGCUGGGAGGCUUACCCUAAUGAGGGGUGGGAGGAGAUCAGCGUGAUGGAUGAGCGGAACACCCCGAUGAGGACCUACCAGGUGUGUAACGUCAUGGAGGCAAACCAGAACAACUGGCUUAGGACGCGCCACAUCAGCCGAGAAGGAGCGCAGCGUGUCUACAUUGAGAUCAAAUUCACCCUGAGGGACUGUAACAGCCUGCCCGGGGUCCCUGGUACCUGCAAAGAGACAUUCAACAUGUACUACUAUGAGUCCAACAAUGCCAACCUGUGGUUCAUCAAGGAGAGCCAGUAUGUCAAGAUCGAUACUAUUGCUGCUGAUGAGAGUUUCACACAGGUGGACGUUGGCGACCGUGUGAUGAAGUUAAACACGGAGGUGCGCGACAUCAGCAACCUGAGUAAAAAGGGUUUCUACCUGGCCUUCCAGGACCUUGGCGCCUGCAUCGCUCUAGUUUCAGUCAGGGUCUUUUACAAGAAGUGUCCCCUCACUGUGCUCAACUUGGCGCAGUUCCCCGACACUAUAACAGGCGGAGACACGGCGCUGGUGGAGGUCCACGGCAUGUGUGUUAAUGCCUCUGAGGAGUUUGAGGCUCCCAAGAUGUACUGCAGUGCAGACGGAGGCUGGCUGGUUCCCAUCGGGAGGUGUGUGUGCAAACCGGGCUUCGAGGAGAACAAGGACGUCUGCCAACCGUGCAGACCUGGUACCUACAAAGCUUCAGCCACAGAUGCCUACUGCACCAAAUGUCCUCCUCACAGCUCGUCCCCGCAGGAACAAGCCGUCGAGUGCGUCUGCGAGAAAGGCUUCUACCGCGCUGAGACCGACCCGCGCUCCAUGGCCUGCACACGUCCUCCAUCUGCUCCAGAGAACUCCAUCUCCACGGUGAACGAGACCUGCGUCACCUUGGAGUGGUCGCCACCCAGAGACACAGGGGGCCGAGGAGACAUCACCUACAGCCUCCACUGCAGGAAGUGCUCCGGCGAUGGCAGGAAGUGCAUGCCAUGCGGUAGCAGCGUCCAUUUCGUUCCCAGACAGUUUGGCCUCUCGUCGGCCACGGUGCUGGUCACCGACCUGCAGCCGGACUCCAACUACAGCUUCACUGUUGAGAGCCAGAACGGAGUGUCGGACUUAAGUCCCACACCCAGAGGAACGGUAGUCAUCAAUGUCACUACAUCACAAACAGUGAGCGUAGUGUUGAAGGAGAGGCGGAGCAAGGACAGUGUGACUUUGGCCUGGCAGGGUCCAGAGAGACCCAACGGAGCGAUAGUGGAGUAUGAGGUCAUCUAUUAUGAGAAGAAUCAGCGGGAGCAGAACUACACAGUCUUGAAGACUCGCUCCAACAUGAUGACAGUGGACGGGCUAAAGCCGGGGACCACUUAUGUGUUCAGGGUCAGGGCUCGAACCGACGGGGGCUACGGGAGCUACGGCGGGGAGAUCGAGCUGGAAACCAGCCACGAAGAUGUUUUCGCUAUCGGGGACCCUAACCAGUCCACUAUUCUGGCUGUGUCCAUCGCUGGGGGAAUCGUCCUCCUCAUCUUCCUGGUGACUUGCUUCGUCGUCAGCGGAAGGCACUGUGGAUAUAUCAAAGCCAAGCAGGACCCCGAUGAAGAGAAGAUGCAGUUUCAACAUGGCCGAGUCAAGCUUCCAGGCAGCAGGACCUACAUCCAUCCUCACACCUACGAGGACCCCAACCAGGCUGUCAGGGACUUUGCCAAAGAGAUCGAUGCUUCCAAUAUUCGCAUAGAGAGAGUCAUUGGAGCUGGAGAGUUUGGGGAGGUGUGCAGUGGUCGGCUGCGUGUUCAGGGAAAGAGGGAGAUCUACGUGGCCAUCAAGAGUCUGAAGGCGGGAUACUCCGACAAACAGAGGAGGGACUUCCUGUCUGAGGCCUCCAUCAUGGGACAGUUCGACCAUCCGAACAUCAUCAGGCUGGAGGGCGUCGUCACGAGAUGUAAGCCAGUGAUGAUCAUAACCGAGUUCAUGGAGAACGGAUCUCUGGACACUUUCCUCAAGAAACACGACGGCCAGUUCACAGUGAUCCAGCUGGUUGGCAUGCUGCGUGGCAUCGCCUCAGGUAUGAAGUACCUGUCAGACAUGAGCUACAUUCACAGAGACCUGGCAGCUCGAAACAUCCUGGUCAACAGCAACUUGGUCUGUAAAGUGUCUGACUUUGGCCUGAGUCGGGUUCUGGAGGACGACCCAGAGGCCGCCUACACUACAAGGGGAGGGAAGAUCCCCAUCAGGUGGACGGCUCCAGAGGCCAUAGCCUACAGAAAGUUCACCUCAGCCAGCGACGUGUGGAGUUACGGCAUCGUCAUGUGGGAGGUGAUUUCAUACGGAGAGAGGCCCUACUGGGAGAUGUCCAACCAGGAUGUGAUCAAAGCAAUAGACGAGGGCUACCGUCUUCCUGCACCGAUGGACUGUCCUGUGGUGUUGCACCAGCUCAUGCUGGACUGCUGGGAGAAGGGACGCAGCGACAGGCCAAAGUUUGGACAGAUUGUCACAAUCCUGGACAAGCUCAUCAGAAACCCAGCCAGCCUCAGAGAGCUGGCCAACAGCUCAGCAUGCAGGGAGGACGCGUCCACUCCAGAGUUCAGUGUGAACACAGUGGAUGAGUGGUUGGAGGCCAUCAAGAUGGGCCAGUAUAAGGAGAACUUCUCCAGUGCUGGAUAUGUCAGCUUGGACUCAGUCCUCUACAUCAGUGUCAGUGAAUUGGCCAAGAUGGGUGUGACUCUGGCCGGCCACCAGAAGAAGAUUUUGUCCAGUGCGCAGAGCCUGCAGACCCAGGGGACGCACGUCCAAGUAUAACAGUUUCCAGAUAAACACACGGUGAGACAGAGCCAAAACGGACACUCCUGCGAAGAGUUUCCUCACUGAAAUGGAGUUGGAAUGGAUACUCUGUGCUCGGGCCUCCAUUGAUUUUUGAGACACACUGAGAUGGAGACAACAUGGACGCUUGACUCCUCCACCCUCUCGCAGUUUCACCAUUCUUCCCAUCUUUGAUGGGCACUACCGGCUUUAGCACUCCCAGCACCCUGGUGUCUGGCCGCAACACCACCACCAUUAUGGAGCAACAGAGAGAGACACGUCCAACUACAAGGCCACAUCUAGAGCAUCGCAGACCAUUUCACAUCAUAUCAGCUCAAUGAAAGAAGAAAAAAAGAUUUUUAAUAAGUGACAAAAAAAAAACAAACAAAAACAAAUUAGAAUAUAAUUAUCAUCACUGUCUGUGAGGUGUACAGUUGGUUUUUACUGUCAUUUUGUUUGUGUUCUGAGUUUUCACCUUGAAGAGUUUAAAAGGGUCAGAAGAUAUGUAUAUGUGUAGAUAUAUGUUUAUAUGGGCUGUGUGUCCCACAACCGUAGAGAUGGACCUAACGUUUGUAUUGGUGGUGAGGGUUAUAUCGCUAAACCUUAACAGGAGUUAUUACCUAGUACGUGUAUGGCCCAUUCCAUUGCUCUCUGUAUGCAGAAGGCUACUGAAUGAGCCAGAUCCUGAAUGACAUGAAUGUGUGGGGUGAGGGAAACAGAAAACCUGGACCUUUAGAGAUAGAGAGGGAUGUAGAUUUUGCUAGCUUAUGUAGGAUGGAAGUGAUUCAUUUAAAUAGUGUAUUUGACCAGGACAAGGGCUUCCCUAGCGACUGCUCUCAGACACAUUUAGCAACUAGACCCAAUGCACGUUUCCUCGUCUGCUUGCACUAAAGAUGUGAGUGCAAAGAAAACAGCUGAAACUGCUGAAUGUGCAGUUCGCACAGACAUUUUUACUCUUCCAUAACUGACUGUCUAUUCCAAACAACAUCUCCUAUUCAGCAGUUACAGUGAUGUUGUUCAGAAUAUUUCAGCCCAAGAGUUUGCCUUCCCAUGUUUCAGGUGUGUUAAGAAAGUUAUAGUGUUUUGUGUAGAGCAAAGGUUAUUGCCAAGGUCAUGAUAGAGUUGACACUGUUAAGAACGUGUAACUUGUUUUUCCAGUGUUGUGCCAU